AUGAGGCCUCGAAAGGUGCUGCUGCGUGUUGGCGUUGAUAGAACGCCGCUUUUCGUUUGCUCAGAGUGCAAAAUAAUGGCCUUCCCAGACAAAGAUCUGCUUGAACAACAUGUUUGUCUAAAACAAUCAGUUGCUUCCCCUGAGGCUGAGGCUAUGGAAGAUGCUGAUGUUGCACAUUAUGGCCAAAGGCUGUUCGGUUGCCAACAGUGCAACAUGGAAUUCCCAAACAACCUUCUGCUUCAACAACAUCUUCAGGAUUCUCACGAACUCUCUAAGUAUAUAUGUGACAUUUGCGGUGCGGUAUUCAACUACAAAUCAAGCCUGGGGAGGCACAAGAAGGUUCACAACUCUGAGUGGCCGUUCAUCUGUUCGGAUUGCAGUAAGGGAUUCAACUACAAAUCAAGCUUGGUCAGACACAUGAAGGAGCACAACCCUGGGCGGUCUGAGCACGUCUGUCCAAAAUGCGGCAAAACCUUCAAACGAAAUUACGCCUUGCAUCGUCACUCACGCAUCCACAAAACCGAGAGAAAUGAGUCGGAAAAGAAGAACGCAGCCAACUCAAUAUCCAACACGGACAAAGAUUUGCUAAAGCAAAAUCGGAUUUCUUAUGAAAUCAAGUCAUCAAUCUGUGAAACUUGCGGCAAAAGAUUCGAGUUCAAAUCACAAUUGAAAAGGCACAAGAAGACCGCCCAUAGCCUUGAGCGGCCAUUCAACUGUUUGGUGUGCAAUAAGGGAUUUAAGCGCACGGACAACCUGAAGCAGCACUUAGUCAUUCACUCAGGUGAGAACAAGCAUGUCUGUCCUGAAUGUGGCAAGGCCUUCACCCAAAAAGGAAACAUGAUCCGACAUCAUCCGCAAUUCAUGGUUAUGGAGAUCGUGCCGUCAGCGGCCACACCCUCACCCACCGACGACCCCUCAAUUGAUAAACGUCUGCCAAAGCGAUGA